ACACCACACCCCCUCUCGCCGCUCCACUCACUGUCUCUCGUCUCCGCUCUCGGAUUCCCAUCUCCCGAUCCCCUCGUCGUUAUCGUCAUUGGAUCCACCAUGAAGAAGGACUGCGGCAUCCAUGGAGAGCAGAAGCGGCACAAGCUGUACCGCCGCCUGUUCGCGACCUUUCUGAUGCUUGUCAUCCUCGCUCUCCUCGCCGUCCUCGUCGUUUGGCUCGUCCUCCGCCCCACCAAGCCCAGGUUCUACCUCCAGGACGCCGACCUCCUCCGGUUCAACCUCACCCCUGGCGCCGCCCCCCUCCUCACCUCCGUCGUCCAGGUCACCCUCUCCUCCCGCAACCCCAACGACCGCAUCGGCGUCUACUACGACCGUCUCGACGCCUUCGUCCUCUACAACAGCCAGCAGGUCACCGCCGCCACCGCCCUCCCCUCCGGCUACCAGGGCCACAACGACGUCACCGUCUGGUCCCCGUACCUCUACGGCGCCGACGUCCCUCUCGCCCCUUACCUCGCCGACGCCCUCUCCCAGGACGAGAACGCCGGCUACCUCCUCCUCUACGUCCGCGUCGACGGCCUCCUCCGGUGGAAGGUCGGCACCUGGAUCUCCGGUCACUACCACCUCCAGGCCAACUGCCCCGCCUUCCUCACCGUCGACACCGCCAAGUCCCACGGCGGCGCCCCGCCCUUGUUCCGAUUCCAGCAGAUCACCGCCUGCAGCGUCGACGUCUGACGGUGAGGCCGUUACAAUCUUGACGGCCAUCAGCCGUGACGGUGACGGUGACGGUGACGUUGACGUUGACGUCUUCUCUCUCACGUCCACAUCUGACCACGCCAUCUCCAAUUUUCGAAAGUAUUUCAAUUUGUCUAUAUUGAUUAUAAAUAUAUUAUGAAAACAGGUGGCGUAAUGAUAUUUAAGCAAAAAUAAACUGUGAUUAUGAU